AUGGACUCGGAAGUUCCUAGUGAGGUUACUACUCCAUCCAACAGCCAUUCACACACCAACACUAUUGGUGAAAUGCUGCCGUUUGCAGCAGCAGCUUGUCAAGUAGCAAAUAAAAUUGUAGAAAUGGUAGAGGCAGCUCAACGUUAUAAAGAAGUCUGUAAAGACUUAUCGAAAAGAAUUGAAAAAGCGACGACAAGAAUAAGAGAAAAUCCACCAACAAAAGAUGCGAGUCUUAUGAUCCAGGUUUCAUAUCAGCACUAUAAACAGAUUUUAGACGAAAUUGCACAGUAUAUUAGAGAUCUAAUUAAGCCAGGGACUUUUAGUCGGAAAAGUUUAAUAAGAAUUAAAGCUUUAGUAAAAUCGAAUGAUAUGUUAGAUUACCAUGGCGAUUUGAUUGAACGAUUAGAUAUAGCAAUUCAGGAUUUACAGUUAGAUACAUGUACAAACAAACAAGUUAACGAAAUAAAGAAUAAAGUGGACCAAAAUCUUUAUAUUUCGCGUAAACCGAGUUCUGACAUAAAAGAUACAGCGGCGACAUUUGAUACUUUCAGCGAAAAAAUCAAUCUAAAUUUUGCUCAAAUAGCUUUGUUAACAAAAGACGCUGAUUUCAAAGAGGAAAGUAUAUAUGUUGACCCGUUAAGUGUUGAAGAAGAUGAUGAUACGGAAAUCAGAGGGAAAAUUAAAAAAAUGUUGUUCAACGGGAGCGACGCGGUAGCUGUGCGUAAAGUGCAGACCAGUGAUAUAGCUGAAGCUACGCGACGAGCAAUGAUUUUAAAUAAACUGGGAACCUGUAAAUAUAUAGAGAGCUUUAAAGGUUUGAUGAAAAAAAGUGAAGAAUCAUAUGUGGUACAUGUGGUGACUGAAUGGGCCGCGAACUACGAUCUCGAAAAGUAUCUGCAUUCAGACGUAAAUAUUUCAUGGAUACAAAAAUUAAAAUUCGCAGAAGACGAAGAUUUAACUGUGAAACUUAGCAAUUUUGAUAUAGCAUACUUCCCUAGCGAAGCAACGACAUCAUAUAAAUCGGAUAAUAUUAGACGACCUAUAUUCCUUAUUCCAAAGAAAUGGAUGUAUAUAGUAAUGUGGGAAAUUGCAGUAAGAAAAGUGCCAUUUUACCAAAUCACUAAUAACAUGGAAGUUUCCGAGAAGAUUAAAAAAGGCGACCGUCCAUCACCAGUCCCGAACGAUCUUAUACCAGAAUACCAAAGAAUAAUGGAACUGGGUUGGGCUCAAAAUUUAUGUCAUCGUCCCAGCAUGCAUGCGAUAACUCAUGAAUUGCAAUUGCUUUGUAAGAACGAAGGCGCAUUAUCAUUUAAUAUAUUGUCAAUUUCAGAAAAACCUGACUUUGACUUUAAAACUGAGUAUGAAAAAAUCAAGGAAAUCAAGUCUGAUCAAUCACAUACUCUGCCACCGUGGAAAGAUGUCACUACGGCUAUUACUAAGAAGAACUACGAAGAGGCGAUAGAAGGAUUAAAGCUAUACGCUAAAAGUGACGCUAAAGAGGCAUAUUUAGCCAGAUAUCAUGCUGGCGAACUGCUAUACGAAGGUCAUGAUGGUGUGCCCCAAGAUGAAUUCCAGGCUAUGGUUUACUUACGUGAAGCAGCAGACCAUUUACCAGCGAGUAGUUUUACUCCCCUGGCUCAAUAUUUAUAUGCGGAUAUAUGUCUAAGGGGUACACUAUAUGAUUGGAUAAAUGGUAUGAUGUAUUUGAAGAUGGCCGUACGAGUAUCCGAGAAGAACGCUUUAUUUUUGUAUGGUAAUAUUCUGUGGAACGGUGAACAUGGGGAGCAGAUUAAUCAUGCAAAGGCUGAAGAAAUGUUUAAAUUAUCAUGGAGUCUUGGCAAUGAAAGAGCGGGUGAGAUGUUAAAAAGAAUUGAGGCUGCGAAAAUUCAAGCUGCGGAAAAAUCCACUGCACAAAAUUAG